AGCAACGAACGCUUUAUGGCAUGAGGCAAUCUUCCACAUGGCCUCCUCCAGCAAGACUGUAGCCGGAGUGUGUGUUUGAGAUUUCGUAGCUGAGCUUGGGUGAAUAGCAGAAAAGGAGACACACGUUGAAUGCGCAGCCCGCACUUUAAUAAAAAACUAAAAUGGGUAAAAGUAAAACCACUAAAUUUAAAAGGCCGCAGUUCAACGCGGUUGGGCUGCCGGUGAACGCUGUGAAGGAAGUGGACGUUGAAGAAGAGGAGUGCGGUGAUGAUAGUUGUCCAGCUGCAGAGUUGUUGGAGAAAUUGCAGAGUCCGAGUGCAGACAUGCGAGAGUUUGCAUGUGCCAGUAUUUCAAGGGUGGUGCAGCAGAGCCAGACCAUUCCUGGUUUCCUUCAGAGGGAUGCGGUGAGGCGCCUCGGGCCCAUGCUGCUGGACAGCAGCCUGGCUGUCAGGGAGACUGCCACGGGAGCACUCAGGAAUCUGAGUGCAUGUGGAGGUCAGGAGGUGUGUGAGGACAUGGUGAAGCACGACGUCAUGACUCCUCUGACAGCACUGCUUAGAGAGUGCUGUGCUGGUUUUGAGAGCGCUGCCGUGCAGAUGAAAGACCAGAAGAAUGCAGUGGAGGAUGUUGCCAACGAGGCUGUGAACUUAGUCUGGAAUCUAUGUGAGAGCAGCAACCAGGCACUGUCUGUGUUCAACAAGGCUGGUCUCCUGGAUCUGGUCAUCCAGUGUCUGGAGAGACACCCACACAACGUGGAACUGGCCAUAUCUGCUGCCCACUGUUUGCACACUGUGACUGAGGAUAACCCGGAGCUGCUAUGUAGCAUGAACACUGCUGUGCUGGGCGCCCUGGAGAAAGUGCUGCUGUCAUCCCAGCCAGGCAUGGCACCCACUCUCCUCAGGACAUUAGCUGCAGGGACGCUGUGGAACAUGAAGGGCAGCCUGCCCGCGGCCCGUCAGGCCCAGACUCUCAACGCCGUGGUAGCCACCUUGUCACAGUGCCUGGACCUGGACACGGGGACAGUCAUACCUGAACUCAGACAAGCAGAAGAGAUUCGUCUCAGAAACGCACCAGCUGUGACAGACGCAGACGACCAGGCCGCAGCGGAGCUCGCUGUGGAGGAGAUGGAUGAAGAGGAGGAAGCACCUAAACACAAGAGAAAUGGAAAAGCUGCAAAGGUUGAUAACGACUUCUCCGACCUCCUGCCUAGGGGCAAGGAGGAGCUGAGGGAGGCAACGGCCUUGCUGACAGCCCAGCAAACGUCCUUAGAGAUCAUCGUCAACAUGUGCUGCUCUGACGACCCGUCUGACGAUGAGUGGGAGGAAGAGUCGAGCAGCGAUGAGAGCGACAUGGGUCCCGAUGGUCUUUGUGAUGGAGUGUCCAAUCUUAUGUCUCCGCUGUGUUUGUCAGCUGAGGUUCACGGGGCUUUGAUCAACCACAGCAUCCCUGAAAAGGUGCUCAAAAAGACAGAGUUCCCCAGAACAGAAGCCAUGGACGUGUGCCAUCAGAAUCCCUCCUGGAAAAGCCUGAUUAAAAAGAUGCAGCGCGUACAGUCCCGCGCUCUGACGUGCCUCCAUAGCAUCCUCUCCACCAUGGACGCAGAGUCUCUGGGAGGACCGGCAGCUCUGCAGGGAGCAGCACAGCACCUGUCCACCCUGGUUUUUGGCGCAGCAGAGAUACCCAAAGAUGAGGAGUUCCUUGAGGCCGUCAUCAGCGCCAUGCGAUCUCUUUUACAGAUGAUUGCCUUCAAAAAUAUCCCUCAGUGUAUGACCCCCCAGCAGCUGAUGAGCCUGAGCGAAGCGGCCACCCGCUGCGAUGUUGUCAGCGUGAGGGUCAACGCCGUCGCCAUUCUGGGCAUCACUGGCAGCACAUUAGCCAAAGAGAAAGGCACUGCAGAAACCCUUCAGAUGAUUGGAAACGCCUUACUUCAAGUUGCCACGAGGGACACCGACCUGGUCGUAAACGGAGAAGCACUUGACGCCUUGUUUGAUGUUUUUGCGGACGGAGAUGAGGCGGAGACAGCUGCUAAAAACAUUCAGCUGCUACCUGCACUGAAGGCACUUCAACCUGUCUUUAAGGCCAAGAUUCGUAAAGAGGGAAGAGGCAAAUACAGCCCUCAGCAGCUGUGCGUGCUAGACAACAUCAAAGUAAAUCUGAGAAGAUUCAUUGGUUAUCUGGAGAAGGUGGUGAAAAAAUGAGGACUUCACACUGCGAUCAGUCGAACCGGCGUGGUUUGGGUGGAUACUGGAUGCUAGCAGGAGCAUAGCAUCAAACAGAAUAUGGUUGUGAAACCAUCAAGUAUUUAUUAAGUUGGUAGUAAACCAUUUGUUAAUGCUUGAUUUCAAUGUUUAUAUUCUCUAAGUAACGAUUUACUAUUUUACUUAGUGAUGUGAAAGUUUAUUUGUUGUGAUGAAAGAACGGUGGAAUCUAAUAAUUAUUACUUACUGCAUGAUGCAGUAAUGACCCCUCCCCUCUACAUUUAACUCAAAAGGUUUCUCUGACUUGAAUGUGAAUGCUUUCAUUUCCCCCCAGUUAACAUUUGAACAGAACAGGUGUGGUGAGCUGGUGGGAGGUUUUGACAUGGGUACCCUUAUUUUUGCCCCAUAUUUCAGUCUACUGUUCUGCUGGUCCUGAACAUAGGAGGCAGAGCUAUUCAGAAUUGUUCCUUUAUACGACUAAGUUGAGCUUCAGCUGCUCUAUGGAAAGGAAAUUUUGCACCAUGGAAUCAUUAUUUUGUUAAGUAAUUGGCUUGCCUAAGAGAAGCAAAAUUACUGUGUCAUUUCAGUAACUUACUAAGCUGAGAGGGUUUGGUACAGUCACCACCAAGGUUAUGAUUAGACUUCAGUCUAUUAAGACAGACAUUUUAGCCUUUAGAAAUGAGCACAUAUUCUCUACCUCUGCCUCUCUGUGUGCCCUGCACCUCCCUUGUGUUGGCAUUAAUUGCACACUCUACGAGGCUCUACUCUGAUGCAUGGAGUGGUCGCCUUUUUUUGUCUGCAAGUCACCACAGCAGCCAGCUUUCUACUGAGAGUAGUCAUCUCUGUAGCAAAAUAACACUUAGAUCAAUAAGUGAUAAUGAUCAGUUAGUGUCCAGAUUUGCUGCCACAAGUGACAGAGACAAAGCACGUUUGAAAUAAUGUAAAUCCAGGAUAGUGUCAUCUAUUUUGCACCCAGUUUAUGGAUUAUCAUAUCAACUCCAAGUUUUUUGGUUUGGGUUUCUUACAUCUUUUCAGUGGAAUAUCAAUAAUAUUGCACAUAAUUGAUUAAAAAACAUCUCAAAGAUGCAUGUGAGGGAGAAUAUGUCAUCAACCAAUGAGUGAAUACCUUUUUUGAAAUAAAUCCUUAUUUCCUGAA